GAAUUGUGUUACCUCCUACCUUUACUGGGGGGGCACGUUAUAUGAUACAAAAUUAUCAGGAUGCAAUGGCCAUAUGUAGGUGGGCAGGUUAUCCAGAUUUAUUCAUAACUUUUACGUGCAAUCCAAGAUGGCCUGAGAUAGAUCGUUUUUUGCAUCCGCGGAAUUUGAGAGCGGAAGAUCGUCCCGAUAUAAUAAGUCGUGUUUUCAAGGUCAAGCUCGAUGGUUUGAUUAGAGAUCUGCGUAAAAAUAAAGUAUUUGGAAACGUUCGAGGAGUCGUCUACACAAUUGAGUUUCAGAAGCGUGGUUUGCCUCAUGCGCAUAUUCUGUUAUGGUUAGCGAACGAGGAUAAAUUGCCCUCACCGGUUGAUAUAGACAGGGUAAUAUCUGCCGAAAUUCCAGAUAUUAACGUUGACCCAAUGUAUUAUGCUGCUGUGAGGGACUUUAUGAUGCAUGGACCUUGCGGUAAUAUUGCAAAAUCUGCGCCUUGCAUGGUUGAUGGUAAAUGUACCAAGCAUUUUCCUAAAAAAUGGUGUGCAGAGACGACAAUCGACGACGACGGUUACCCAAUGUAUAAGAGGAGAUAUGAUGACCGCAGAAUAACGAAAAAUAAGGUUGAUUUGGACAAUAGGUUUGUUGUUCCGCACAGCCGUUAUUUAUUGAUGAAGUAUGGAGCCCAUAUGAAUGUAGAGUGGUGUAAUCAGUCAAGGUCAAUCAAAUAUUUGUUUAAAUACAUAAACAAAGGUCGUGACCGGGUCACGGCAGGGUUUUACCAGACGGCAGAUGGUGAUGCAGGACAAAAGCCAGUUGAUGAGAUACAAAUGUACUAUGAUUGCAGAUACAUUUCCUCUUGCGAGGCUGCUUGGCGCAUAUUUGGUUUUGAAAUUCAAUAUAAAACCCCGCCGGUUGAGCGUCUAAGCUUCCAUUUACCGGAAGAGCAGAGUGUUGUUUUUCGCGAUGAUCAGUCACUGGAUUCAGUGGUUCGUGCAUGUUCUGUUAAAGAGAGUAUGUUCACUGCUUGGAUGGAGGCCAAUAAGAAGUACCCGGAAGCUAGACUUUUGACGUACGCAGAGUUUCCUCAAAAGUUUGUUUGGAAAAAAAAGAUAAGAGAAUGGUCUCCAAGAAAACAAAAAUUUGCUAUUGGUAGAGUUUACCAUGUCCAUCCCGGCAGUGGUGAAUCUUAUUACCUCCGCUGUCUUUUGAAUCACAUUCGCGGUGCAACAAGUCAUCAGGAUUUGAGAACCUUGAAUGGUGUCACUUAUGAUUCUUUUCGUGAUGCAUGUUAUGCGUUGGGCUUGCUGGACGAUGAUAAAGAAUUCAUUGAUGCUUUUAUUGAGGCAAGCCAUUUCUCAUCUGCCUAUUGUUUGAGAAUUCUUUUUGUUAUAUUGUUAUGGACAGAGUCAAUGGCUAGACCUGAGUACGUUUGGGAAAAAUGUUGGUCAUUCAUGGCCGAUGACAUUCAAUAUACUCGAAGGCGAAUACUACAACAUCCAGAUCUUAUUCUUUCUGACGACCAAUUGGUGAGGUUUGCUUUGGAAGAAAUAGAAAGGUUGUUACAAACCCGUGGGAAAAGUUUGCGCGAUUACCCUCCGAUGCCUACGGUGGUUCUCGAUUCGUUAUUAUCCUCUAAUGACAGGCUUAUAUUUGAAGAAAUGCGUUAUGAUCAAUGCGCAAUGAAAGAGGAACACUCUACGUUGUUCAAAUCUCUUACGAAUGAGCAACUGCAAGUGUAUGAGACAAUAAUGCGGUCUGUUGAUGAAGAGGUUGGUGGUAUAUUUUUUGUUUAUGGCUACGGAGGUUCAGGUAAGACAUUUGUGUGGAAGACCCUUUCUGCUGCCAUUAGGUCUAAAGGGGAGAUUGUCCUUAAUGUUGCAUCGAGUGGUAUUGCAUCUCUUCUGCUGCCUGGAGGACGCACCGCACACUCUAGAUUUGCAAUACCGAUAAGUCUUAACGAAGACUCGACGUGUCAUAUUAAACAGGGAAGCCCGCUGGCCAAGCUAAUUGUACGCUGUAAGUUGAUUAUAUGGGAUGAAGCUCCAAUGUUACAUAGAUUUUGUUUCGAGGCAUUGGACCGGAGUAUGAGGGACAUUUUGCGAUUCCAUAACCCGAAUUGUGGUGCUCUUCCAUAUGGUGGAAAAACAAUGGUAUUUGGCGGUGAUUUUCGGCAAGUGUUGCCGGUUAUACCGCAUGGGAGUAGGCAGGAUGUCGUGAAUGCAACCAUUAAUUCAUCAUAUCUUUGGUCAGAAUGUACAGUCCUCCGCCUCACCAAAAAUAUGCGCUUGCAAAACUUGACAAAUCCAUCGGAUUCUUACGAUUUGAAGCUAUUUUCGGAUUGGAUUGCCAGCGUUGGUGAUGGUGUUGCUGGUGAGUCGAAUGAUGGCCAUGUUUGUAUUCCUAUUCCCGAUGAUCUAUUAAUUCACACAGAUGGAGAUCCUAUAGCUGCGAUCGUAGAAAGCAUAUUUCCAGAAUAUGUUCAAUGUACAGGUGAUGUCAGUUGUUUGCGAGAUCGUGCAAUUUUGGCACCGACACUGGCUAUUGUUGAGGCUGUUAAUGACUAUAUGACGACGCUCAAUGUUGGCGAGGUUUCAAGGACAUAUCUUAGUUCUGACACUGUUUCUAAAUUGGAUUCCACAACAGAUCUUAUGGCGGAGUUGCACACUCCCGAGUUCUUAAAUAGUAUAAAAUUGUCUGGUCUACCGAAUCAUGCAUUGACGUUAAAGGUAGGGACUCCGGUGAUGCUUCUGCGAAAUAUAGAUCAUUCAAUGGGAUUGUGUAAUGGGACACGUCUGAUUCUGACGAGGCUUGGUGAUCAUGUUUUGGAGGGGAAGAUUUUAACUGGUGUGAGUGUCGGUCAAAAAGUCUUAAUUCCAAGAUUGUCCUUGACCCCAUCGGAUACUUCCCUGCCUUUCAAGUUUCAUCGGCGCCAAUAUCCUGUUAUGAUUUCAUAUGCGAUGACGAUAAAUAAAAGUCAAGGUCAAUCUUUGUCCCGUGUUGGUUUAUUGUUGAAAAAACCUGUAUUUACACACGGACAAUUGUAUGUUGCAAUUUCGAGGGUGACCAACCGAUGUGGUUUGAAAAUUCUAAUUGUUGAUGAUGAUGGGAGAACCACCAACAAAACUCAGAACGUGGUAUUCAAAGAAGUUUUCAACAAUGUUUAAGGUUGCUUGAAACAGAUAUUUAGAGACUCAUUGUGUAGGAAUAUUUGGCUGUUGUUUUUUUACUUUAAUGUCAUGCUUUAGAAUCUCAGUUCACCAUAAUAUUAAAGAUGUAUUUUGUUGAUUGUGCUUACGGUAUCUUUAUUGCAUGACAUUGCUUAAUGUCGUCAAUGAA